GCGGGGCGCGGCGGGGCGGGGCGGGGCUCGCGCUCUCCCUGGUAACGAGCACCGCGCUCGGGGCCGCGCCCUGCCCGGGCCAACCCCCCCCUUCCCCCGCCAUCCCCUCGCGUCCCCCGGCCGCCCCUCARCGCCGCCAUGCAGGGCGAAGACGCCCGGUACCUCAAGAGGAAGGUAAAAGGAGGUAACAUAGAUGUGCAUCCAUCUGAGAAAGCCCUCAUUGUCCAUUAUGAAGUGGAAGCMACGAUUCUGGGAGAGUUGGGAGACCCCAUGCUGGGGGAACGCAAGGAAUGUCAGAAAAUAAUUCGGCUGAAGAGUCUUAAUGCAAAUACAGACAUUGGUUCCCUGGCUCGAAAGGUUGUGGAAGAAUGCAAGCUCAUUCACCCCUCCAAGCUUGGAGAAGUAGAGCAGCUGCUGUACUACCUGCAGAACCGCAGAGAUGCCUCAGCAGGAAAAGAAAAGAAAGAGAAAACCAGCAAGCCAAAAGAUCCACCCCCAUUUGAAGGAACAGAGAUUGAUGAAGUUGCCAAUAUCAAUGACAUGGAUGAGUACAUUGAGUUGCUGUAUGAGGAUAUUCCUGACAAGGUGCGUGGCUCUGCCCUCAUCCUGCAACUGGCCAGGAAUCCGGAUAAUUUGGAAGAGCUGCUUAUAAAUGAAACUGCCCUGGGUGCACUGGCUAGAGUGCUGAGGGAAGACUGGAAACAAAGCAUUGAACUGGCUACCAAUAUAAUUUACAUUUUCUUCUGCUUUUCAAGUUUCUCUCAAUUUCAUGGAAUAAUCACACACUACAAAAUUGGAGCUCUGUGUAUGAAUAUCAUAGACCAUGAACUGAAGAGACAUGAACUGUGGCAGGAAGAACUUGSUAAAAAGAAGAAAGCUGCUGAUGAAGAUCCUGAAAAUCAAACCCUGAAAAAGGACUAUGAGAAGACUUACAAGAAAUACAAAGGGUUGGUUGUCAAGCAGGAACAGCUGCUUAGAGUUGCAAUUUACCUGCUCCUGAACCUUGCUGAGGACACUCGCAUUGAGCUGAAGAUGAGGAACAAGAACAUUGUCCACAUGUUGGUGAAAGCACUGGACCGGGAUAAUUUUGAGCUGCUUAUCCUCGUUGUAACCUUCUUGAAGAAACUUAGCAUUUUCAUGGAGAACAAAAAUGAUAUGGUUGAAAUGGAUAUUGUUGAAAAACUUGUGAAAAUGGUACCAUGUGAACAUGAGGACCUGCUGAAUAUCACCCUUCGACUCUUACUAAACCUCUCCUUUGACACAGGCCUGAGAAGUAAAAUGGUCCAUGUUGGUUUGCUUCCCAAACUCACUGCACUCCUGGGAAAUGAAAAUAACAAAAAAGUAGCGAUUUGCAUUCUGUAUCACAUAAGCAUGGACGACUGCUUUAAAUCGAUGUUUGCAUACACAGACUGUAUCCCUCAGUUAAUGAAGAUGCUUUUUGAAUGUCCUGAUGAGCGAGUUGACCUGGAACUUAUUUCUUUCUGUAUUAACCUUGCUGCCAACAAAAGAAAUGUACAGCUCAUCUGUGAAGGAAAUGGUUUGAAAAUGCUAAUGAAGCGGGCUUUGAAGUUUAAGGACCCGUUGUUAAUGAAGAUGAUCAGGAAUAUUUCACAACAUGAUGGGCCAACUAAAAGCCAGUUUAUUGARUAUGUUGGUGAUUUAGCAGCUCAGGUAUCAAAUGAUGAGGAAGAGGAAUUUGUGAUUGAAUGCCUGGGCACACUUGCAAAUUUGACCUUACCAGAGCUGGACUGGGAACUUGUGCUGAAGGAGUACAAACUGGUUCCAUAUCUCAAGGAUAAGCUAAAACCAGGUUCUGCCGAGGAUGACCUCGUUUUGGAAGUGGUGAUAAUGAUUGGGACCGUUUCCAUGGAUGACUCUUGUGCUGCUCUGCURGCUAAAUCUGGAAUCAUCCCUGCACUCAUUGAGCUUCUAAAYGCUCAGCAGGAAGAUGAUGAGUUUGUCUGCCAGAUCAUCUAUGUCUUUUAUCAGAUGGUGUUCCACCAAGCCACCAGAGAUGUCAUCAUUAAGGAAACACAAGCUCCAGCAUAUCUUAUAGACCUGAUGCAUGAUAAAAAUGCUGAGAUCCGCAAGGUUUGUGAUAACACUCUGGAUAUCAUAGCGGAAUAUGAUGAGGAAUGGGCUAAAAAAAUCCAGACGGAGAAAUUUCGAUGGCACAACUCCCAGUGGCUGGAGAUGGUGGAGAGUCGGCAGAUGGAUGACAGUGAGCAGUACCUGUAUGGUGAUGAUCCCAUUGAGCCCUACAUCCAUGAAGGGGAUAUUCUGGAAAGACCUGACCUCUACUAUAAUGCAGAUGGGCUGAUAGCCCCGGAUGGAGCAGUAAGUCCAGACAUCUUCAGGGAUUACCAGCUUCAGAAUGGAGACCUGGUCGGGCAGCACCCCUUCUCUGGCACCAUUGGARUGGAUGGAUUUGGUCAGAGCCCGGGGGUUCCCGGGCGCCCGGCGACUGCGUACGGCUACCGGCCGGAUGAGCCGUACUACUACAGCUACGGAGCGCGGUGAGCCUGGGCCUGGACCAGCACAUCUGUCCUCAGUAAUGCAUGACUGUACCACCAUGGCUCCAGCACUCUGUAUCCUUUGGCAUGUGUAGCUCCACAGAAACUUAGCCUUUCUGGGUCCGGUGUGUUAGUGAYGGUGUUUACUCUUUGGUUGCUCUUUGUUAUUAUUUUUGUACAGUAACUGUGACUUGAAAGCAGGAAUUGGAAACUACUGGACUGGAAAGCGUCACAUUAUGUAUAUUAAGCUACUAAUUUAAUUUCUAUUAAAUAUAAAAACCUGUGUGGUCA